CACAGCCGUGCAUCAACACAUUCGAGGAAGAAGAGAAAGGCGGUUUAGUAUAGUGUGCUGUAACAAACAUAAACAAAUGUUAAACUAACUGCGAUUCUGCAAAAUGUCGAUUGUCUUUGUGCCAAAGAAACUGCGAGGAAAGGCGAAAGUCAACCAAGAAACAAUACAGAGGUUGCUGGAUGAAAACGACCAGUUAAUCAGAUGCAUCACUGAGUACAUGCAGAAAGGUCGAGCGGUGGAGUGUGUGCAAUACCAGCAGAUCCUGCACCGCAACAUCGUAUAUCUUGCAACCAUAGCUGAUGCCAGCCCUGACAACACACCCCCCUCCUCAACUUCUACAUCCAAUGAAACUUCAGCCUCCACACCAGCUGUGAAUGGACAUGGACAAACAUGACGAUGGCAGCUUUUGUCAGUGGAUCAGAGAUGGGACAGUCCUAUUGUAGAGAGAACGAUUUUAUAUUACAAGGAAAUCUAUUUAUUAUGUUAAGUCUAAACUAUUGCUUUUAGUCACGUGACUCGUUUUGGGAUCACUGGUGUUUCAGUUCAGUAAUGUUAUAUUUUUUGUCUGUUAUGAGAACAAAAACUUUUUGAUAUCCUCUGAAAUUUAUAUUAAAACAUUUUUGUAUUUUUGAAAGUUGUUAGUUUUUUUUAUUUGUUCUGUUCAGAGAAAGUCCAGUUAUAAUGAGAUGUUUCUUGAGGUGAGGACCUCUUUACCUUUGAGCGACUUUUCAGCAGACAAACCUCAAAGACAGCAUUUUGAAUUGCUAGUCAUUUUUAUUCAUUUUUUGCAUUGCUGGUACACUUGGAAAGAUUCAGUUGCCAGCUCAAGAGAACAAUAAGCAACAUAAGCCAAGCAGUCCCCCUUCAUAUCUUCUAUCAGGGCAACAUGUUUUUGUUAAUUUUUUUUUUUUUUUUUUUUUAAUCUUUUGUAGAAGCCACUAGUAAACCAUUUGACACAGCUGAGAAGCUAACGGUUACAGUCCAAGGUCUGUAAUGAUGUCUUUAAAAAAGGCUGCAACAGUUAGGGAGAUAACACAGACAAAAAGCAACAAACCCUAUAUCUUGAUUGUGCAAAGCACAUUAACUAUAAAAA